AUGUCUGACGUAGAUUGGCAAAAGCCAGAUAAAUUCUACUUCAUCAAUCAUAAAGAUGAGAUGGAAGAAGAAUGGGAUUUGAGUCCAAACGUGUUUGACCAAUUCCCUUAUGCGAGAUACGUUGAUAUGAAGCACUUAGAGAAAGGUAGACAAAAAGUCUCUUUUGAAGUGGAUCAAGGGCUUGCACUUAAACUUAGCCACUUGCCUAAGCUUGAUGAAGCAAAUCAGCUUACAUAUAAUGAUUGGACGACCUUUUUCAAUGAUAUGCUAUUUGAUAAGCAUCCAACAUUACGAAAGGUUCUUGAAGAACCAGAGGGUUAUGAUUUUUAUAAUCCCGAUUAUCGUGUAGCUAGUUCCAACAAUUGGCAUUAA